AGCACACAAAACACCACACCAGUGGCAGGACAGUAAAAACCUGCCAGUUUCCCACUCCACCACUUGUCCCUUUUCCUCGCGUCCAUUUCCAUCCAUCACUCCCGGCUCCGCUGCAACUGCCUAGAAAAGGAGCACAGGAAAAUUCCCGAUUAGCAUUUUGAAUUUUUCGAUCCGAUCUGCGCGGCGCCGGACCGGAAUGCGGGAAGCCGCAGCUCGAUCUGGGCUUUGAAGUGGAUGAGGAACUGAUUGUGUUUGGAAAGAGUUGUAGUGUAGGAAGCGGCAAUCAAGGCUGUAAGCAAAAUGCAGGGGAAAGUUGCUAGCAAUGUGGAGCUUGAUUCUGCUGUCUUCCAAGUAUCCUCGGUUCACAACAGGUACGAGACAAUUGCUUUUUGUAAGGGGAAUACAGAACUGAUAGCAUCUGGUCCUUUUGACCAGCUAGUUCUGCACUUGGAAGAUGCCAAAAAGUUCCGAUCUUGUUCAUCAAGUGGCACUUUUAAGCUGUUAUUGGCAGGGGAUGGAAAAGGGUCUUCCUGGUUCACAAAAUCCACCUUAGAGAGAUUCUUGCAUAUCAUAAAUUCAUCUGAAGUGUCAAAAUCAGUGAAUGGAGUUUUAGAUGAGAUAUCACAGCUUGAGGAAACUAGAAAGUUUCAUCAGUCGCUCCAUUUUAAGGAGCAACAAACUGUUACAAGUGGUGCUUUAACUGGCUUGUUUGGUAUCGGUGCCACAGCACAGCAGGGAAAUGUUGACCCAAAUUCAUCGGAGGCUACAAAGAAUGAAUUGCUUCGAGCACUGGAUUUGAGGUUGACUGCACUGAAAGAAGAGAUCUUGGUCUUACUGAAUCAAGCAGUUGGCUCCAAUUUGUCAACAAGGGAAAUCUCUGAUUUAUCUGCUUUUGUUCAGCAAUUUGGAACAUCAGAUUUUAGUUGGUUGAUGCGGUGCAUGUUGUUGAUUUCGGAUUGCCAACCCUCUGAGCUCCCUUUACAGCAGACUUCUACUGCUGAGAAAAUUGACAAGGGUGAGAAUGCACAUAAGACCCGUGAUAUCAGCCCUCCAACCAAUCUCCAGAGGACUAUUGUCAACAAUGUCUCUCCAGCAAAGCUUGCACAAGUUGAGCGUGAAAGCUCAGAAGAAAGUGAUGAUUCCUGUGAGUCCAGUGAUGAAGGUGACGUGGUUGUUGAAAGAAGUCGACCUCUUGUAAGAUCUGCUUCACCUAGAAAGUCUGCUUCUCCAGCACGGAGGGUUCAAAUUGGCAGGUCAGGAUCUCGUAGAUCAACAGCAAUUGCCAUCAAGAGCAUCAGCUACUUUCCCCCCAGUCAGAGAAUUCCUUUGGAUAAAGAUGAUCAAAGUAGCACCUGCAAUGGUGAAACUGACCAACCACCGAGGAAAUCUGACAAUAACGUAAGAAGGAUGAGUGUGCAGGAUGCAAUUAACCUUUUCGAGAGCAAGCAGAAGGAUCAAAAUCCGGAUUCUCAAAAUAACAAAGCUGGCUUGUUUGCUACUAAGUCUGUCCUGCGAAGGUGGAGUUCAGGAAUGGGUGAUCCUCUGAACAAGUCAGAGGAAAAAAUCUCAGAUUCCACGUCUGAAAGUAAAUCUAACAAUAUGGCAUCUGAUACAGAGAGGAAUGGAGUUGAAAUAAAGGCUGAACAAGAUAGAGCACCAAACAGUAUUGUUACACCUGAGGAUGAAGGUUUAACUUCCCAUGCUGAUUUUCAUAGCAUUGAAAUGUCAAAAAUGGAGAGUAUGGUGCCUAGUAGCGAUGUUUGCACAGAACAAACAAAGCCUGGACAGGAGGAAGGCAGUGAUCGGGCAAUGGCCUCUGCUGAGUGGAACCGCCAGAAGGAAGCUGAGCUUAAUCAGAUGUUAAUGAAAAUGAUGGAGGUCAUGCCUGGAAAGUUUGCAGGUGCUAAUGUCGCUGCUGCUGGGCCCAAGGCCACCAAUCAGAAGAAAGGUGGAUCCCAUGGUCAGCAUAGAGAGAAGCAAGACACAAAAGUUCGAACUGAGAAAGGUGUAAGACGACCAGCAAAGGAGGCGAGCACCAAGCUCUUGAAGGAAACAGCUGGGCAGAACAAAUCAGUAAUGACUCCAAAAACUGGGACUGUAAUAGAGAAACGUAUUUCACCAGUUACACAAAGGGCACGAAGAAAUUCAUCGCCUCCGGUCCUACCAAAAGAAUUAGCUUCAAAGACUCCAGCCAAAAAAAGUUCACCAAAACCAUCACCUGCGCCUGCUUCUCGUAGUUCAUGGUCAGGUGGGUCUUUGGCUAAAACAACUACAUCACAAAAAACAAAAAGCUGUCCUGGGAUGGCUUCGACGCCAACACCAACUAGCCGGAGGAGGACUCCAACAUCACCCUCGACAUCUCAGCCAACUUCAAAAGUGGAAAGAGCCCUUGAACCAGUGAAGAACAAGAAGGAGGCUGUGAUUGCCACAAAGGCAGCUAUAAAAGGACAGGAAGAGAAGAAGACAAAAACAGCAACAAAGACAAGUAGGAUAGCAAAAAUUUCGCCUGCUUCAGAUGAAAAAUCAAGUGCAACAACGAAGCAAACCUUGUCUAAUAAGGUCUCAAAGAAAAGCAGUGUUGUACCGCUAGAGUCCAAACCGUUGAAGAAAGCCACAGGGAUUAGUCAAAGUGUUGGUUCUGGUACUGUGAAGAGUAAGGUGUCCCAACUUGAUGACUCUUCAAAAGAUAGUGAAAAUGUGAACCAGGCUGAAGAUAAGGAGCAAUCUCCUAUGACAACCGAGCCAACUACUAAGGUACUGGAGGCUGAUCUUGCUCAACCAGCACAUGAUGUUGAUGAAAAUUUAGAAAUUUCGCUCGAUAAUGACUUGAAUAUUGAAAAAACAGAAAAGCCGGCCUCGAGUUUAACUGCAACAGAAAUGGGCUCCAGUGACCAAGUUGAGCCCUCUACCAAUGAGAUGCAACCUCCCGAAGAGGACAUGGGCAUCUCAUCAACUGCCUGGGUAGAAGUAGUGCAUCAAGAACAAGAAGUCACCUAUCUGAGUGAAAAUGUAGUGGCUGAGGAUCUAACCUCACCAGGAAUUGCACCAUUGCCAUCAUCAAGCCCAAGAAUUCAUCAUUCGUUAUCACAAAUGUUGCAAGCAGAUAGCAAUGAACCAGAAAUUAUUGAGUGGGGAAAUGCUGAAAACCCACCUGCAAUUGUUUUUCAUAAAGAUUCUCCAAAAGGAUUCAAGAGGCUUCUAAAGUUUGCUCGGAAAAAUAAAGGAGACAACAAUGCUAAUGGUUGGGCAAGCCCAUCGGUAGUUUCUGAAGGAGAAGAUGAAUUCGAAGAAUCAAGAGGUACUAGUGACGGUGCAAAUUCGAGCAGAAUUUUUUUUGAUGGUUCAAAGACUAAUAGCAUCUUAGCAGCUCAAUCAACAACCGGCAGUUUCAACUCUAUGAACUCGGAUAAACUACGGGAAAGGCCUGGAGCUGCCACAUCAAUGAAAGCCUCAAGGUCAUUCUUCUCCCUCUCAAACUUCCGGAGCAGCAGAUCGAACGAGUCAUCAAAGCUUCGAUAGCACCCCUUGUUUGCCAGGAGAUACAUGGAUAGUUUACUCUUCAUGGAGACCUAGAUGUAAAAAUGGUUUGAGGUUUGAUUGUUCGGACGGAGCCAGCUUGUUGUGUUUGGUUCAGGUCACCUGCUAUUGGAUAUAGCUUCUGCCUAUGCAAUGCCAUACUUUGCUUCUGCCUUUCUGUACAUUUAUAUCUUUUACAGUGGUUGCGAGCUGAUCGAGAUGGCCGUUAUG